CCGCCGACGCCGCCGCCACUGCCGCCGCCGCCGCUGCCGCGGGAGAGGAGCAUGUCUGCAACUCGAGCCAAGAAAGUGAAGAUGGCCACCAAAUCAUGCCCCGAGUGCGACCAACAGGUUCCUGUUGCAUGUAAAUCAUGUCCCUGUGGUUACAUAUUUAUUAGCAGAAAACUUUUAAAUGCAAAACACCCAGAAAAAUCACCAUCUUCUACAGAAAACAAGCAUGAGGCCAAGAGGAGGCGAACAGAGAGAGUUAGGCGAGAGAAGAUAAAUUCUACAGUAAAUAAGGAUUUAGAAAACAGAAAGAGGUCUCGAAGUAACAGCCAUUCAGAUCAUAUCAGACGAGGAAGAGGAAGACCUAAAAGUGCAUCUGCCAAAAAACAUGAGGAAGAAAGAGAGAGUUUGAGUUGUUUUCUCAACUUGAGGGUGCUUCUUUAACAAUGGGAUGAUCAGAAAAUAUAUACUAAAGACUAUUUCAGAAUGAAAACUAGGUAAAGAAAAGUCAACAGAGGGGCUUCCCUGGUGGCACAGUGGUUAAGAAUCUGCCUGCCGGUGCAGGGGACACGGGUUCAAGCCCUGGUCCGGGAAGAUCCCACAUGCCACCGAACAGCAAAGCCUGUGCGCAAUAACUACUGAGCCUGUGCUCUAGAGCCCGCAAGCCAUGUCUACUGAGCCCCACGUGCCACAACUACUGAAGCCCGUGCACCUAGAGCCCGUGCUCUACAGCAAGAGAAGCCACCUCAAUGAGAAGCCUGUGCACUGCAACGAAGAGUAGCACCCACUCGCCACAAUUAGAGAAAGUGCAAGUACAGCAACGAAGACCCAAUGCAGCCAAAAAAUAAAAUAAAUUUUUUAAAAAGUCAACAGAGAAAAAAGAAAAGAGGGAAAUACUGCUUGGCCCAGAAAACAGAACAUUCUUUACAGUUGAAGUAAAGGGAAUAUAACACAAAGAAUGGAAAAGGAAUGCUUCUGGUCAGAGGAGAUGAGAGAAUAGAUAAUGACAGUCUUUUAUUUGGGGAAACGAAGGCUCUGUAGUUGUGGUAGGACUCUAUAUAUGCAGGUUUGGAUCAGCAUUUUCUUUAUUUCAUGUUAACUUGAAAAAAGUGUUUAUUUGGCUAUAAAUUGGUUUCAGGUAUUUUCAGUUUAUUAUAGAAAAGUUUUAAGAAAGCUAUUUCUAGAGUAAGAUAUGCUUUUAAUACAAACAGGGAGGACCUCAAGGAAUUUUUGUAUAAUAAAAUAGACUCUUUUAAUGUAGGCCAGGGGCAAGGGCAGUCAGCAAACUUUUUCUGUAAAGAGCCAGAUAAUAAAUAUUUUAGGCUUCGUGGGCUAUACGGUCUCUGUCAUAGCUAGUCUGCUCUGUCAUUGUAUCUGGAAAGCAGCCAUAGAGAAUACGUAAAUGAAUGGGCAUGGCUGUGUUCCAGUAAGACUUUGUAAAAACAGGUGGGAGGCCAGAUUUUGCCAAUUGUAUUUUACCAAUUUUGCAGGCUGUAUUUUACAAACCCUUAAGGCAGACCAUGUUUUCUAAAUAUAAUACUGAUAGAAAAUACGAACUUUUGAAAUGUCUAUAUAUUUUAGAAUAGACUUCUUUGAUAUGCUUCUUAGUGUUAAGUAGCUACUUAAAUUCAGUAUUUAUUGAUUCCCAGCUCAUAGGGCACUUGAAGAAUUUGAAGCAAGCUUUACCUUUAUUCUAAUAAGGAAAACCUGACAGUGUGUCUAAAAGCACAUUUUUAAUUGGCUUUACUGUUUUCUCUGUUUUGAAAAAAAUAGGAAGAAGAAGGAAUGAAAAGGAAAUCUUUUUAGACAUCCAGAUAACAACAUUAUCAUAAAAGCCAACCAUUAAACUUAACAGUUUUGGAUGGUUUAAAAUAAGUCUUCAUUUUAUAUGUGGGGGGUAUGAUUAUUCUGGAUAUUAGUAAAGUAGGAGUGACAUUUUGACUGAUGGAAAUAUAUUGGGCAAUUCUGAAUACCUUAUUAAUAGAGAGUUAAUGUAGACUUCAUGUUAAAGAUGGUGGAUUGAAUAAACACAUAUAGCUCUGCACCCUCCCCAAAUCCUAGUAAAAUGACAGGGAUGAAAGGGAUUUUUUUUUUAAAGGGCCAAGUCCCACAAGGACAAGGAGUGGGAGAAGCAGCAAAAUUCUGGAAAGUGGUAACUUCUUUAGCAGACCCAAGAAACCCAAAUUGUAAAUUCCUUUGAGGAAAGCUGAGAAAGAAACUGAUUUUUGUUUCACAUCUGCCUAAGGUCAGGAAUUUUUACCUCAGUUAUGUCUGGAAGUGUAGAGGUGAAGCUGAGGCUAAAAACAAGAUUAUUUGAAGUCUGUGUUUUAAUAGCCUGCUAGGGCUCUUUACCCUGACCUCCCCUCCCUGCAAGUUUAUCCUUUGAAAGGGAAAACAGAGUCUCUGGUCUAGGAAACACCAGGCAUCAUUGAGGGCAGGAGUACCAAAUUAAGAUGAGGAAGAUUAGGUGAAAAUUGGAGAUGGUAAAUACUGAGUUCUCCUGUCAGGCUUUCACAAAGGAGUAAAAAAAUAACUUGGAUAUGAUAAGUUUUUGCAGGGAGAAGAAAAAAAUUAAAACUACCAUUAAUAUUCUUUGUAAGAGAAGAUAUGGUAGUCAUGAAAGAAGAACAAGAUGAUGUUUAAAAGGAAUUGCAGAUGUCAAAAAGUACCUGGAAAAUGAACUUUAAAAUGAGAAUCUCAGACUAUAUAUAUAUGUAUGUAUAUGUCUAUAUGAUUUGCAGAAAUGUAAAACUUUAACAGAAGUCUUAUAGACAAAAUUGAAGAAAUGUACCAGAAUGUAUAGCAAUAGGAAAAGAGAUGAAAAAAUGAAUAAGAAACGUAAGAAAUUUAGAGGACCAGUUUGAGGUCCACAUCUGUAAAUAAUUGACGUUGCAGAAGAAGAACAUAGAAGAUGAAGUAGAUGGGAAGUCAUCAGUGAAAUAAUUCAAGUAGUUUUCCCAAACGGGAAGGACAUUGAGUUUCCAUAUUGAAAUGCCUCACCAAAUUCCCAGACCAAUGGAUGGUUAAAACUAGAUAUUAUGCCAAAGCAUAUCAUCAUAAAUCAUAUCUCUCUGGUUAAAGGGAAGGUCCUGGGCUUCCCUGGUGGCGCAGUGGUUGGGAGUCCGCCUGCCGAUGCAGGGCACGCAGGUUCGUGCCCCGGUCCGGGAGGAUCCCACGUGCCGCGGAGCGGCUGGGCCCAUGGGCCGUGGCCGCUGAGCCUGCGCGUCCGGAGCCUGUGCUCUGCGACGGGAGAGGCCGCAGCGGUGAGAGGCCCGCGUACCGGAAAAAAAAAAAAAAAAAAAGGGAAGGUCCUUCAAGUGUUCAGAGAAAAUAAUCAAAGUGGUACAGUGGAAUACUACCCAGCAAGGAACAAACUACUCAUGUAUGAACAACAUCAGUGAAUUUCAAAAACAUGUUGAAUGAAAGAAGCUAGACACAAAACAGUACGUACUAUACCAUGCCACUUAUAUGAAGUUCAAGAACACGCAAAAUAAAUCUAUGGUGGUAGAACAAUGGUUGCUGGUGGGGUGGGGAGGGAUUGACUGGAGAGGAGCAUGAGGGAUUUUUCUGUAUCUUGAUUGUGGUAUGGGUCAUCCAGUUGUACACUUAUGAUCUGUAUAUUUAACUGUAGUAAAUUUAGCAAUAACUUAAAAAAUAACUGUAAAAAGUGGUGUAGGGUUUUCUUAACAGUGACACCAGUAGUUGGAAGACAAUAUUUUGCCUUUAAAAUACUAAGAGGAAAUAUUCAAGUCUUUACUCAAUCACACUAUUAACUAGUGUGAAGAAAGACUAAAGACACUUUCUGAUAUUCAGGGUCUCAAAAAAUUUGCUACCCAUACUCCCUUUCUCAGGAGGCUACUGCAAGAUAUAUGACAUCAAUGAAGAAGUAAACCAAGAAAGUAUCCUGGACCUACGACACGGGGUCCAACUCAAGAGAGAGAUGAGGAGAAUCUCCAACAUGAUGUUGACGAGAGAUCUCCAGAUGAUAAUUGUGCAACAGGCCUAGAAAGCAACCAUUUCACAUUGGAGCAUAGAAUUUCUUCAAGAAGAUAAGAUUGAUAUGUGUAAACAUUCUGGAAGAUUUAUCCAACUAGGAGAGAGUUUGGGUUCAAUUAGUAAUGAAAACUAAGCAAAUGAAAAAAGAGAAUCUCUUCAGUGAAAACAGUGUACAGGAAAAGUGAAAUCAUUUACACAGUGAAUAAUGUAAACACAAUAUUGAUCUCAUCAAAAUGGUAAUAUAUAAUGGAAAGAUGUGAAAAGAGUAUGGUGGGGGCAAGAGACAGAAAACAAUAAAUCCUAAUAUUUCAUGGUGGAAAGUCAAUAAUGCCUAAAACCAAAAAUCUAAGAUGUUGCAUCAGAUAAAUAUGUUACUUAGGUAAAAACCAAAAGGAAAACCUGGAAAAGUAGUUUUAUUUGAAGAGUAGGAAAUGUGCGUGAGGGGAGGAGGACUUCUGUUUUUUUUGUAACACGUUUUGUAAAAAUAAUUUGACUGUAAACUAUAUUCAUAUUUAACUUUGAUUAAAAAGUCAAUACAAAACAAAAACGAGACAAAAGUGGAAUCAUAGUUAGAGCCUGAAAAAAUCAUUUGGGAGAAUAUACACAAAAGAUGUUAAUCGUGAUUUUAGCUGGCUCAUGAGAUAAUAGGUGAUUUUUCUUUUUUCUUUUUCUGUAUUUUUCAAAGUUUCUACCAUGGACUUGGAUUACAUUUGUAAUCAGGUGGGGAAAAGUAGAAAUAAAUGUUGGUUAUUCAUAUUUUCCAUAGCAGUGCUAAGGUGAAGAACUUAAUAUAUUCAUAAAGGCACCAUUGAUGUUCAGAAGGGACCAUAUUUAGGGUGAGGAAAUUCAUUCUGAUUGAAACAGCUUAUGCUAGUGAGGAGAAAGAAGUAUUUGAGAUUCUUACAGAAAUGAUAUUGAUAUUAGACUGUGUGUAUAGAAAUAUAUACAGUCUCCAUUUAGUCUUAGAAUUG